ACGCAACAACAAAAUCCUAUUUAGCGACUCCCCCACUACACGAUUCUUACGCUGCCACCCAACCGACCUUCUCUUCCUUCCCUUCCCGCUCCCACCAAACCUAACACCUCCUCCUUUUCUAUCGGUCAAACGUGAAGGACAUUUGGGGUUUACGACUGUAAGUAUGCAAUGCAUGUUUUUUUCUUUCUUUCCUUAAUUUUUAAGCUUAGUAUAGUAUAGAGUCAAAGAAAUAGUGGAUCCAUGGGGUUUAAUGAUAAACACAACAAUGCUGGUGGAAGCGAUCCGGAUUUUGGUGCAAUCUUUAUGUCAAACAGUGCAACGAAAAGAGAAUGUUUAAGGAGUGGGUUGUUUGGGCUUCCGGCUUCUUAUAUUCCAUUUGUAGAGAAGGUUAAAGCCGGGACGACUUUGUUUUUAUUUGAAUAUGAGAAGAAACUACUUCACGGGGUUUUUAUGGCUACUUGUGAUGGAGGAAUCAAUAUUGUUCCUAAAGCGUUUGCUUUGACAGGGAUGAAAUAUCCUGCUCAGGUUAAAUUUGUUCCAGUUUGGGAAUGUAAGCCAAUCCCUGAAAAGAUAUUCCGUCAUGCAAUCAGAGAGAAUUACUUUGCCAAUAACAAGUUUAGCUUCGGGCUAUCUGAAAAUCAGGUGGAAAAACUUUUACAUUUGUUCAACAUGAACAAGCUAGUACCGGAGGUUCCUAGGAGACAUAUGUCUAUGAAAUCAGAGCGGUACCCAAUGGGUGAAGUUGGAAAAUCUGUUGGUCGUGGAAUGCUUGGCGAAAGUGUUCAAGAUGAUCCAAGAGAUUCUGCACGCUUCAAUGGAUUCAGUGCAGAUGAUAUUUUAGCAAGCAAACGAAGAAGGUCUUUGGAGCUUGGAGUGGAUUAUAUAAGUGGAGAUGUUCGUGAUUAUUUGCGAUCAAAAGAUGAAAGCAGACUUGCUGCACGUAACAAUAAUGUUGGAAGACCUGUUGGUUGUGGAAUGCUUGGCGAAAGUGUUCAAGCUGAUCAUGUUUUGGGUGAUAAUAAUUUACCUGCUUUGAUGCAUAAUUACCCAGGAGACUCUGCAUGCUACGAUGGAUUCAGUGCAGAUGAGGUUUUAGUAAACAAACGAAGAAGGUCUUCGGAGCUUGGAGUGGAUUAUAUAGAUGCUCGUGAAUAUUUGCAAUCAAAAGAUGAAAGCAGACUUGCUGCACACAACAAUGAAGAUUAUAUAGAUAACUAUAACUAUGCUGCCAAGCUCCCGCUGGAUACUGCAAGUGGAUACGUUGGCGAUUAUUCGGCAAUAAGAGAUUACAGCAGGUUUUCGUCCCACGAGAACAAAGAUUAUACGGAUACACAUCUCAGGCCAUACACCACAGGUGGAUACUGCAAAAUUCCUUCCGACAAAAUUAGAGUUCAUGGUGAUGGCAGGCCAUCAGUUAGUGACCCUCUGAUGGGUGAAGAUCUAAGGAAGACUGAUAAGAGGAUGAUAUUUUCGGAUGAUAUUCCUAGUUUACGUGGUUCCAAUUCUUUGGUUGAAAAUCAUCUCAGGUCAACUUCUGCUAUGAUUCACCCGUUCCAUCUAAACUCUUGUGCACCACAAGGAAACGAGAGUUCUAUCCCGUUCCAUCUAAACUCUUGUGCACCAAAAGGAAACGAGAGUUCUAUCCCGUACAAUUCAGAAGCUCCUGGCUUCUUGUCUUUUGGAAUUGAUAAUGGUUCUGAGUCAAUGAAGUCAAUGAGACCACAAGGAGAAGAGAGUUCUAUCCUGUACAAUUCAGAAGUUCCUUGCUUAAACUUCAGACAAUCAUCAUCGUUUGGAAUUAAUAAUGAUUCUGAAUCAAUGAGAGAAAGAUUUUCUCCUUCAACAAACUGCCGAAGGAAUUUAGUGAGUAGGGAACGACAACGCAUGCAUGCAGAACUGAAAGACAGUCACAGAUGGAACGGUAUUGAUGAUUGUUUUUCAAAUUCUGUAUUGUAUGCUAGCAACAGGGAUUGCAUGCCUUUCAACGAAACUCGAAAUUCUGACCAAUUGGCAUCAGAAUCUGCUUUAUAUGAGGCUCACAAUACAAUUCCUUCCUUUAAGUCUUCACCAGCUCCCCUCCCUUCUUCAGAUAUUGGAAAUAGUGGAAGGACACAUGAAUCAUAUUCUUCAUUGUUCUGUGACCACAAAUCAUAUUUGGACAAUAAUGUUCAUCCCAUGGAAUUGCAAAACUAUCUGAGUCAUGAGAUAACACUACCAAAAAACAAUGAAAUGCUAAAUCCAUAUGUUGAUUCAGUGCCAUUGGAUCAUGGAUAUGAUAUUGGAUGUUAUAGUGAUUCUCAAAAUAGCAAUUGCGGUCAUCCAAAUAGAAAAAGUAGUGUGUUUUCUCGUUUAUCUCUUGUCCAGGAUGUUAACAAACAAGGAAAGGGAAACAAUGGACAGAAUGAAGAAUAUGAUUUCAUUACUUCAGUUGAUGAAGUGAUGGAAAUGGUUCGUCAGACAAAAAGAAAGCCAAAGCCCAGUCAUCACAACAAUGCAGAAAGUGUGAGGGGAAAAACUCAAAUCAGUAAUCAGAGGAAGAAGAGUGAUUGCCUUGAAAGUGCAUUGGAACACAACAAGGAUGAAAGUUUGAGGAGUAAAACUGAAAUGGGUAGUCCGAGGAAGAUGAGAGACUGCUUAGAAAAUGCCUUGGAACACAGUGAGGAUGAAAGUUUGAGGAAUAAAUCUCAAAUUAGUAGUAGUCUGAAGAAAAAAAAGAGGGGGGAUUGUUUUGAAAGUUCCUUGGAAGAUCUAAAUAUGGAUUCCACAACUGUGACUGGGGGCAGUCCUAAAACAAAAGCUGAUAAGGCCCAUUUUGUUGAUUUCAAGCGUCGAAGCAUGGUGAGGAAACAUAAUGAUGAGAUUGAGAGAAACUCUAAUGAGAGUAAAAAGAGUGAGAACUUGGGGUUUGUGCAACAAAAGAAAAGAAAGUUAAUCCGACCAAAUUUCAACAAGAGUGCAUCUUUUGAAGACAAAGAAGACCUUGGUGCUUCUCAAAAUUUUCAACUACCAUUGCCAAAUGGAAUUCGUAAUCAUAAAGAUGUCAAUGAAAGUUGUAGUACACUGGUGAACCAAUGUGGUUAUGAUGUUAAAGCAGAGGCUGAAGUGCAAAAUGUCAUUGAUCCAAAACAUUCUGAAGGCAAGGAUAGUAGUCAUGCUAAAGAAUUUAUCUGUAGCAAAGAGGGAGAAAAAUCUAAAUUUCAAAAUGUUGUGUCCUCAGCUUCUUGCAAUAAGGAGAGUUCUUAUACCAAGGAAAAUCCAUGUAUGAUGGAUAAUGUGAAGUCAUCAUCUCUGGAGAUGGAAUGCUUGCGUGCAAUUUGUCAAGAAAAAGCAAAUGUGGGCACCCUUUGUUCCUUAAAUGAUAGAUCAGAAUGCGUGGAUAACAAAAAUCACCAAAAGGGUUUGUCCUCGGCUUCUUUCAAAGAAAAGAGUUCUCAUGCCAAGGAAGGUUCAAGUCUGAUGCAUAAUAAGAAGCCAGCAUCUCUGGAGAUGGAAUCCUUGCAUGCAAUUAGUCAUGAAAAAGCAAACUUUGGAACCCUUGUGGUAUUAAAUGAUGUAUCUGAAUGUGCGGAUAACAAAAAUCACCAAAAGGUUUUUUCCUCAGCUUCUUGUGAAGAAGAGAGUUCCCAUACCAAAGAAGGUUCAUGCAUGAUGGGUAUUGUAAAGUCAGCAUCUUUGGAGACACCGCAUGCAAUUUGUCCAGAAAAAGAAAGCAUUGGCACCCUUCCUCCAUUAAAUGAUGGAUCAGAAUGUUUGGAUGACAAAAAUCACCUAAAGUUCUUGUCCUCAGCUUCCUGCAAAGAAGAGAGCUAUCAUACCGAGGAGGGUUCAUGUAUGAUGGAUAGUAAAAAAUCAGCAUCCCUGGAGAAGGAAUCGUUGAAUUCAAUCUGUCAAGAAAAUAAUGCAGAUAAGUUCAUAUGUGCUGACAGAGGUAUUGAUCCUGAUGGUGAAAUGCCAAAAGAUUGUGGCUUCUUCUCCAUUGAAGCUAAAGAUGGAUGUGAGUAUUUAGGCAACUCUGGUAGUGAAAAAGCUCCAAUUGAAACUUGUCACGUUGAGGCUUGCAUAUAGAAUCAGUAUCUUUAGGCACAUGAUCACUGCAUUCAACUCAACAAGAACACCACUUAGAUAAGAUCAUAUGUGCUGAGAGGUAUUGUAAUACUGAAAAAUGAAUUUCUAAAGAUGGCAACAACUUCUUUUCUACCGAAGUUAAAGACAUAUUCCAGGUCUGUCCACUUUUCAAUAUUUCAGGUCUGUCUACUUUUCAAUAUUAAGGGUCUGUCUACUUUUCAAUACUCCGGCAGUGACAAAGCUCCAGUCGCUACCUGUGAACAAAAGAUGGCUUGAGUUUGCGUCAAUAGCUCGUGCCAAUCUCAAAUCUCUCUGGACUGAUAGAAGAUUCACAGUCAUGUGAAGGGACGUCCUAAGAAUUGUGACAAAUCUCACUGUUGGUUUGGAGAGGUAGUAGUUUUUUUUCUUCUUUUUACAAAUUUAGAGGUUGUAGUUAGUAGUAGUAGAAGCAUAGAGUAAUCCAAGUAAAGUGAGUACUAGUAUCAGUUGUUGAUGAUCCCCAAUUAAUAGUUUGAUAUUUUAUGCAUUUGUCACCCAAAUCAGGGUAGCUGAAGUAUUGUUCAUUGUUUGCGUUUCAUUUAUAACUACUCAAGUUUUAGUGUCUUUGGAGAUCUCACUUUUCCUGGUGUUGCUUUUGGUGUCGAAUUCUGCCAAUGUGGAAAGAACAAUGUUUUGGUGUAAGACAAAGAAAUUAAUUAUGUUUUGGGUUUUA